GUAUUUCGGUUUUCCUCGAAAUUCAAAAUUUCCCUCUCAACCUCCCUCUCUGUAUUUUCACGUAACUUCUAUAUAUUUACAGUUGUUCAAGAACAGCAUCCGAAUUUGAAGCGGAACUUGUAAACGAGAGUUGAUUGACGAUAAUUUUUCAAUUAUGGGUAUCUCUCCUCUCUCCCUCUCUCAUCAACUUUGUAUUUGAUUUUGCGAAGUGAGAAACUAAAGUGCCAAAGAUUAACUUUCGCGUUUCUUGUUGAUUGUUGGAUUAAUUCAUUCACUGCUAGAAUCAUCGCGUAUGGUCUAUUUUAUUGUCAACUUUUUGUUUGUUGGUUUGUCUCUGAUAGAUAUUUUUCUCCUUGGUUUUGUGUUUACGAGUUGUUUGUCAAAAUGCUCGCUGUGUUUUUCAUUGUUUCGGAAGCACCCAGAUGGAAAUAGUGCGUCUUUAAAGAUUAUUUUGUGCUUAUCAAGAAGAGAAAAAUGUGUUUUGUUUCUUGGAUUGGACGGGUCAAUUUUUAUUAGGUAUUUUGUAAAUCUUCACUGUGUUUGGCGGAAGUUUCAGAGAAAAGAACGAAGCUUGAUUGUUUUCCAGUGAUGGAGAAUGAGAAUUCUCGGUGUAUGAAUAAUGCCGUGGGCACGAAUUGGCAAAUCCAAGAUGAAUCUUUAUCAUCCGAUGCCAUUUGUAAUCUGCGUAAGAGCAUGGCUUGGGACAGUGCCUUUUUCACCAGUCCAGGAGUUCUGGAUCCUGAAGAGUUGUUUGAGACUCUGAACUUCACGGAGAAAAAUUCAUUACCUCUCGAUUCCUCAGAAAAAGAGAAUUUAAGAACAAUUGGCGGGUCCAAUGCACGUAGAAGUUUGGCUUGGGAUAGUGCCUUCUUUACUAGUGCUGGGGUUCUGGAUCAAGAAGAGUUGUCUUUGGUGAAUAGAGGGUUUAGGAAAUGUGAUUCUCACCAUCUUCCUGGUAUCAAAGAAGUUUGUAGAUCUCCUGACUCGAACUCCACCAUAGACAGCGAUGGCUUUUCUCUAUCCAGCCUUGAGAUUGAUCUAUUUGGUGAUUUGAGGGCAUCGAUGCAUCAAGCAGCUCCAAAACUAUCACAUACUUCCUCUCAAGUAAGGGUGAAACCAAUGCAACCUUCCAGAAGGCAGGGUAUUAGGACACGAGGAUCGGACAUUUCAAAGGAGGCUCCUCUUCCCCCACGAGGACAGACAAAGCUUGAUACACAAACUGGAGAAUCAAACAUUUUGACAUCUCUGAGGCCUCCAAAAGCAGGAGGCCGUACCACCUCACCACUUACAACUUCCACCAGCUGGCCUUACUUCUGUGCAAACCGAUUGAAAAGGGAAACUAAAUCCAAAAGCUCAGCAGGGGAAUGUAUGAGUGUCUCAAAGAAACCUUGCUUGGAGGACUCACCUGCUGUGACUGCUAGUUCAACUGUAUUUCCUAAAUCACCUUCUAUGGUUUCGCCAACUGCCACAGAUAAUUAUGCAGUAUUUACAAGUCCCUCACCCAAUUCCAAUGAUAAAGCUCAAUCAAACUCUAUGAGAAGAAAAGUUAAUUCCAGACUUGCGGUUUCCGGUUCAAACUCUAGAACUCCAUUAAGUUCUGCCAGGAACAGAAGUGGCUUGUUAGGUUCUAGUCUCCCAAAUCAUGCAUUAUCCACGCCUAUGUCUUGCCCCUCUAUAUCAUCUGCUACCUCCCGUGACGGAUGGUCAUCAGAAUCAUCAUCAUCAACAUCAGCCAAACGAAAAUCCGUUGAUUCUUCUGCAAGACUGGAUACUAAUCCUUGUGGAUUGCCUCUUUUCAACAAUGAAGGUUUACCAAAUGCCAAACCUUCAUGCCUUCGGAAGCCAACCCCAAAAAUUGGAUUUUUUGACGAGGAACAAUAUACUGCCUUAGACUUGAAAGAACAUCGCAAGUUCCACCCCAGUAUUCGAAGUUAUAGAACUGAAAAUCGUACUGGUAACCUCAAUGGAGAUUCCAGUAGAACAAGAUCUGGAAAACAUCAAUUAUUUGGAUCUUCAGUUCGGAAUAUGAAGCCUGGUUCAUGUCCUUCAAUUAUCAGGCCUGCACAUGGUGCAGUUAAUGAAUUUCGUGUUUUGAGCAGCAGAGAUUGCUUGAAGACUCAUGGUGUAGGAGCUACUUGUGAGAUUGAAAGAAAGGGAACCAUUGUGUCAAGGAAGAGGAAUAAGAUUGGCAGAGCAAGUGAGGGACAAGUCUGCCAUAGGUCCAGCAAACAAUCUUCAAAAGAGCCUGAAGUGGCCCAUGAUAGUGACAAGGAGAAUAAAAUUCCCUUGGAAAAUCAAGUCGAAGACUUGAGUAGACAUAUACGGGCCAUUGACUUAAGCAAGGAUUUGGGGACAGAGCGAAAGGGUGAGGAGGGUUCUUCCCAAAUUUGCCCAGCUAUAUCUAAGAAAUGCCUUGCUCCUCCUGUAUCUUCAUCUUUCUCGGACAGUCUCCUUCCUCGGUGACAAGAAGAGUGUUAUAUAACAGAUCCUCGUGAUGGUCCUGUCUUGCUUAGAUUAUGAAUAUCAUGCACCAUGUUUUGACAUUUUCUUUGCUGGAAAAGUGAAAAUUUGCAGGCCAAGUCAAAUCCAGCAGCUUCAUUUUUGAGUUAUAUGUGCAUUUCAUAUCCUGAAAAUGCAAACAGUCGGUUGCAGAUUGUAAAGAAUGCUAUUUUGGCUUCACUACUGGGAGAAGUAGCAUAAGAUCUGAUGAGAACCCUUUUCACUAGUAUCCUUUCC